GGAUUGUAAAGCAACCCUUCCCAGAACUCAGCAGUAACCUGGCCUAUAUCUUGGCAUCCAGAAAAGUCAGAAGGUUCUUACUGAAAACAGGAUUCUUAGGACAUAUUCUUAGAAGUGGGGUCACAGGGUCAAAUGGAAGUUCCAGUUUUUAUUUUUUGAGGAAACUCCAUACUGUUUUCCACAAUGGCUGCACCAGUUUGCAUUCCCACCAGCAGUGUACUAGGGUUCCCUUCUCUUCACAUCCUCACCAACACCUGGCUAUUUGUUAAUUUGUGGAGGAUAGCCAUUCUGACAGAUGUGGCUCUCAAACAUGAGGUGAGUGUCAGUCUGAUCACUUUAUAGAGGAGGCAGCUGCAGUCCGAGGAGCUUGUGACUUGCUGGAAAGGUGGCUCCAGCUCUCUCCACCAACACCCUCUCUGCCAACGCGAGUUAGAGUCAAGGAUACGGACACCACUUCUUCCACAUCAGCCAACCAUCUGCCCUGAGGAGUGAAUAAGCAGCCUCUGUUCCAGGACCACCAGAGUCCUCAGCACCCUGAAGAAUGUCCAAGCAGGAUUUGAGUGUCACAGCAAAACUCAUCAAUGGAGGCGUGGCCGGGCUCCUGGGGGUGACCUGUGUGUUCCCCAUUGACUUGGCCAAGACUCGACUUCAGAACCAACAUGGAAAAGAUAUCUACAAAGGAAUGAUAGAUUGCCUGAUGAAGACAGCAAGGGUAGAGGGCUUUCUGGGCAUGUACCGAGGAGCUGCAGUGAACCUCACCUUGGUCACGCCGGAGAAGGCCAUUAAGCUGGCAGCCAAUGACUUUUUCCGACAGUUGCUCAUGGAAGAUGGGAUGCAGCGGAAUCUGAAGAUGGAGAUGCUAGCUGGAUGUGGAGCUGGAAUGUGCCAGGUGGUGGUUACCUGUCCCAUGGAAAUGCUCAAGAUUCAGUUGCAGGAUGCUGGGCGCUUUGUCCAUCACCAUGGUUCGGCCUCAGCACCUGCCUCUAGGUCCUACACCAUUGGAUCAGCUUCCACACACAAGUGUCCAUCUGCCACUGUCAUUGCCUGGGAGCUGCUUCGAACCCAGGGCCUGGCUGGUCUCUAUAAGGGUUUGGGUGCCACUCUUCUCAGAGAUAUUCCCUUCUCCAUCAUCUACUUCCCUCUGUUUGCCAACCUCAACAACCUUGGUUUCAACGAACUUACUGGGAAGGCUUCCUUUGUUCAUUCCUUUAUGUCAGGCUGUGUUGCAGGUUCCAUAGCGGCUGUCAUAGUAACACCUCUGGAUGUUUUGAAAACUCGAAUCCAAACGCUCAAGAAAGGUCUGGUUGAGGACAACUACAGUGGGAUCACUGACUGUGCCAGGAAACUCUGGAUUCAGGAGGGACCAUCUGCCUUCAUGAAAGGAGCAGGCUGCCGGGCCCUUGUCAUAGCCCCUCUCUUUGGGAUUGCCCAAGGUGUCUACUUCAUUGGUAUUGGAGAACAUAUCUUAAAGUGUUUUGAAUAAAUAUAGCUGGAAUUCAGGUCCCUUCACUGGCUUCCAUCUCUCUACCCACCAUGUAUUUUGUCCUGUAACUUGUAGUACUACCUAAGUCUCAGAAGAAACAACCUUAUUCUAAUAAGCAAGGUGGCUACAGCUCUAGUCUGCCUCAGAAGCCCCUAACCAACUACCUUUCAACAGAAGUAGUACAUGCUUUGGUUGUAUUAACUGUAGGACCUUAACAGACAGUAAAGAUAGGGUUGUUUCUACAUUUUACAUUUCUAUUUCACACCUCAAGCUCAGUAUACUUGAGUCAUUUGGAGGAUUUAGUUUUGUUAUUCUGAGCUAAAUAACUUACGGUUAAUCCUAGCAUUCAUUUUGGGCAAAAAGAGAAUCAAAAGUUCAAGGGGACCAUAUUAAGACCUCAAAGUCAGCACCUAAUUUAAGACCAACCAAGUCCUUUCAAAUUAUGGAUGGCUGAGGAAUAAGGCCAACUAAAACCAAGCAGCCAGGCCAAAGUCAGGGCAGCCAUCCUGCCCCAUUUCCUCCUUCUGAAAAACAGGCUCUUAAAGACCAACUAGAGGCUCGGGGCAUAAAUUCGUGCACCAGUAGGGGUCCCUCCGUCUGGCCUGCGGGAUCAGGCUGAAACCAGCUCUCCGACAUCCCUCAAGAGGUCCCGGAUUGUGAGAGGGCACAGGCCAGGCCAAGGGACCCCACCGGUGGAUGAUCUGGGCCGGAGAGGGACGCGGGAUGUUGACCAGCCUGGGAGGGACUGCGAGAGGGCUCCAGGGUGUGUCUGGUCCAUCUCACUCAGUCCCGAUCAGCCAGACCCCAGCAGCAAGCUAACCUACUGGUCUGAGUGUCUGCCCCUGGUGGUCAGUGCACGUCAUAGUGAGCGACUGAGCAGCCUUAGCAUAUCAUUAGCAUAUUAUGCUUGAUUGGUUGAAUGGAUGACCGGACAACUGGACACUUAGCACAUUAGGCUUUUAUUAUAUAGGAUGUCCAUGGAACACUGUCUGAAAUACAGUUGAACUAGUUAUAAUCUCGUCUUAUAACUAGCAAAGGAAGCAGACAGGCUGUGAUGAAUAGUCUGUCUUCUACCUUUCUGUGUCCAUUUCAAAACUGGCAUGAAAAUGAGUGGGAGGAAGAAAAGUGUUUAGGCUUAACACACAGUUAAACACCCCUCUUCCCCUUGCAAAAAAACCCCCACACACCUUAGUUUCUUUUCUGACACUGCCAAAGCUAGUAAAACUAUUUCCUCAAUAAAGCUGUCAAGCCCUCUAGAGGACAGAUAAUACUGAACACCUUAUGUGUAAGUGUGGAAGACUAUAAGGGGCUGAAAGGAACAUAAAAGGAACAUUUCUGAGUGAGGAUCUGGUAAAAAUGAGCAGAAAGUGCCAUAGGACCCAGGGAGGCUUAAUGGUUUCAAGUACCAACAGAUAUCAACCAGCAAAUGCUACCGAAAUUUGGAUAAUGGUGUCUUUUUUAGAUAACCACACUAAGAAUUUUACUCUCUCAAACCACACACUUAGAGUGUCUUGCAUAAUAAACUACAAUUAAAUUCACUUAAACGUUUUGUUUUAAUAAAUAAAGCAUCAUGGCUUAGAUUUUAAAUCACAUGUAUAGAUAAGGAACAUUUCUAAGCCCAAACAGGUGACAGUGAAGCUACUACUGCUGGAAGGAAUGCAUGCCCCACAUGUAUGUUAAACCUAAAGAGCAGAGACUUACCAGCAGAGCAUACCAUACUCAUAACCUCUAGACUAGAUAACUAGAAGCAGAGGAAGAUCACAAGUUUGGAUAAAGUCCAUGCAACAACUACCUGAUUUCUUCACCUUCAUGCUGCAGAACCAACUGAAAGUUGUGUUACUUUUAGAUAAGCUAGAAGUAGGUUUCCUGAUCAUAUUAAAGGAAACUUUCUCCCAUUGUUAACAAUUAGGCUAAGAGCAUUAGUAUAGAAAGAUAUCCACGAGUAAAUACAGAGUAUUAGAACAGCAAAGAGGAAGCUACAUAGAUCAUCUUGUUUCUUCAAAUAUCAGAAACUUCUACAUCAUAGCAGUGCAUGAAUUCCACCUCCCAAA